GUCAAAACAUCCCCACACACUCUUCUCUGCAUGCUCGAAUACAAGACCCACACUUCUCUCUACACUCCACACACUCUGACAGGAUUUUAAAGACAUUUUUCAUUCAGGAGAGUUCGAAGUUCCCACAACAUCAUUUUCCCACGUCAAAUUUCCGAAGAAAAAAGAAAAACAAAAAAAUUCCAAACGACCCCUCUGGCCUUGCAUUAAAGCGUGCGGUCCAACGAUGCCCUGGGUCACGGUGCUAAUCACAACCAUAUCCUGUGUGCUGAUGAGACACGGCCACUGCCAAUCAAACUCCUCCGAGGACUUCCUGCUCUCUAGUGACCCGGUUGCCACCCUGCUUCCUGGCCUUCAUGCCACCUUAUCACCUCUGACCCCGAUUGAGGGUGCAAGCCCCGAACGUAAACCUGCCACUGUUGUCUCCCCUCAUUCGCCACCAAACAGUUCGGUGUUCGCUCGGCCUCUUCCUUCACCGCCCGCAUGCUCUCGCAGGACAUCCAUGAAAGUCGUGUUUAAGUACGUGAACACGGCGCUGUCCUGCGUGAUCUUUGUGGUGGGUGUAGUUGGCAAUGCCACGCUGCUAAGGAUCAUAUUUCUGCACAAGAACAUGAGAAAUGGCCCCAACGCCCUGAUCGCCAGCUUGGCACUGGGUGACCUCAUCUACAUCGCCAUCGACAUCCCUAUCAACAUUUAUAAGUUGCUGGCAAUGAAGUGGCCAUUUAAUGACACGAUGUUCGGACUCUUCCUGUGUAAACUCUUUCCCUUCCUGCAAAAGGCUUCGGUUGGGAUAACGGUGCUCAACCUGUGUGCUCUGAGUGUGGACAGGUAUCGUGCCGUGGCCUCUUGGAGCCGUGUACAAGGCGUAGGAAUCCCAGCUUCAACUGCUGUAGAGAUCAUGUGUAUCUGGGUUUUGUCCAUUCUUCUGGCUGUUCCUGAAGCUGUGGGGUUCAACAUGGUCAGCUUUGACCUCAACAACGUGACUGUACAUACCUGUAUGCUCAGGCCAGAAUCACAGUUUAUGACUUUUUACAGAGAUGCAAAGGACUGGUGGCUGUUUGGGUUUUACUUCUGCGUGCCGUUAGCGUGCACAGCUGUCUUCUACACUCUAAUGACCUGCGAGAUGCUGAACUACAGGAAAGGAAGUCUGAGAAUCGCACUCAGCGAACAUCUGAAGCAGCGACGCGAGGUAGCAAAGGCCAUAUUCUCUCUGGUCCUAAUCUUUGCUGUGUGCUGGUUUCCUCUUCACCUAAGUCGAAUUCUAAAGAAAAUGGCCUACUUUCAGCAUGAUGCUCAACGCUGUGAUCUGCUCAAUUUCUUGCUGGUUCUUGAUUACUUCGGCAUCAACCUGGCGACGAUAAACUCCUGCAUCAACCCUAUCAUACUCUACCUUGUCAGCAAGAAGUUCAAAAACUGCUUCAAGUCAUGCCUGUGUUGUUGGUGUAACUCGGGUUCUCUGCUGAGCAGCAUGGGAACCAGCAUACAGUACAAAAACCCUGAUCUGCAGAACGGCCUUACAGACCGCACAGCGUUGCGCAAGGACAGUUACAACUGAGGAUGCAUGCUAAGAGAAAAACCCAUAACACACUGAGACGAUGGACAUUUUGGAAAAAUUGCCGUUGUCUCAAAAUGCUCAAAAAAAAAGAGAGACUUUUUUUUCCCACUUUGCAUUCUCAAAUACAAACCGCACGUCUUGAUGUCAUGUUGAUAGUAUUAUUGCUUUAUUUUAUUCUAUUGUAUUCUAUUGUAUUAUUAUUGUUGUUCUUAUAUGAUAUUUAUUCAGGGUAAAUGUGGACGUUCGUUUGAGCAAGAUUACCAGGUUGAAAACACUUUUUUAAGCCAUGUUACAUAAUUAGACACAUAUCUGAUGCCUAUUCAUAUAAUCAGAUAGAUUUGAUAAGUGUGUUGCUUUUUUUUUCCCCAACAUGAUUUUCUCCACUUUCUCAUCAUGGUUAUGAACUGCUGCCAACAACAUCAAAGCCCAUAACUUUUAAGAUGAGGCUUCUGCUUGGCUCAUUUUAUUGCCUCUGUAUUGAGUCGAGUUUCCCUUAAGAUCAUUGCGAGAGAGCGAGCAUCACAUUGUAAAACUCUUUCCCUAGUUCUUAAUAUGAUCUUUACUUUUUAUUGAGAAAACCACAUCACAAUGACUUGCACGUACGAUGCUGUUUUUCAUGAUGCAUCUGGCUGCGUUCACCUCGUACUUGCGAAUGAAAUACGACAAAAUCGUUCGUCUAAUGAAGUUCAUCCAGUUAACCUUUUCCUCCCAUCAUGCCUAACUGUUAUUAGUAACACACACCAUUUCUGCAUUUGUACGUCUGCCUGUUAUUAAUUUAUCUAUUUGUUUUAAACAGAUCACAAUCAAAUAAAGUGCUGUUAAUCAGA